AGGGAGCGUGGGAACUGCCGAUGCUCUUAUUACAGGUGCUGGAGGUGCUUGACCCCGAGAGGAAGCUGAAGGACACACAGGCUUAUUGCCGAGGUCCUGGGCAACUAAUGAAGGAAGGCACGAAGCUUGUAGAGAAAUGCUCUCCCCAAGUGUGCCUGCCCAAGAAGAUGAUGGGGUCACACCCAGGCCAAUGGCUGUGUGAAGAAAAGCCAAGCAAAGUGGAUUUGCUCUGUGAAGACAGGCUUGUCCAUGAAGACAUACGCAGAGGAGUCAGUGACUUCUGCGCCUGGGCCAUGGCUCUUGGAAGUUCCACCAUCGAUGAAGAGUUCCUCCUGGAGCAGUUUGACCUUGGCCGUCAGACCCAACGCAGCUGUGACGCGCUUCACCAGAGGAGGCUGAGCCAGAACAAACUCUUCAUCCAUGGUCAACCCUCCGAGCGAGCACCCUGUGGGCGCUGGAGUGACCCUCAGUCCUCUGGAAGAGCGACUCCUUCUGAGCCAAAGAGGGUGAAGAUGAGGUAUGGAGCCUGGUAUCUGAACACCAACUUGUGGAAGAAGCAAAGAGCGGAUGAACCUUUGGUCGACCCCAAGAUCUCAUACAAAGCUCAAGAUACAAAUUUAAAAAAGCAGCUUCAGGACCAGGAGAAGCUGCUUGCGGGCCUGCACGGAACAGCUGCCUUUAAGGACUUCGUUCUAAGCAGGGGCUACAGGCUGCCCAGGUUCCUUGAGAAGAUAUACACCGAGGAGAAAGUUAAAUCUGAAAAUGUGAAGGCUCCUAAAAGACUCGCCCAAACAGAGAGGAAUCCUGGGAGAAGAUGAGGCGGCAUUUAUUGACGUCAUGCUUGGGUAUUGCGCCAUUAUUUUAUUUAUUUAGUAGAAUAUGGCAAAUGCCCACUGCGGGAAGGUCAGCCUGGCAGCAGCCGUAAAUAUAAAACCCAGCACAAAUGCUUUUCUAAAUGCUUUAGUUGAUCAUUUCUUGUAUUGGGUUUAGUUAUGUCUAGUUGUGUAUGUCUGCAUUGGGUGUGUGCACGUGAGUGCAGGGGCCCUCAGAGGACAGAGGAAUCCCUUGGAGUUGGAAUGACAGAGGGUUUUGAGCCACCGUGUGGGUGCUGGGAAUUGAACCUUGGUCCUCUGGAAGAGCAGUGAGUACUCUUAAUGGCUGGCCUGUCUCUCCAGCCCCCAUUGAUCAAUGUUUUGUUUGUUUGUUUGGUUGGUUUUGGGGUUUGACCUUCUUCAGGCAGAGCCUUGCUAUGUAGCCCAGGCUGACCUCCAAGUAGUCAUCCCCAUGUCAGCCUCUCAGGGGUUGAGUUGCAACUGUGUACCAACAUUCCUGGUGCAUUAAAAAAAAAAAAAAAAGACAUUUUUGUGUAUUUACAAACUACAGGAUCAAUAUUCACGCAUAGUCU